AUGCUUUGGGUUACACUUAUUUUCUCAUUAGUUCCUCUACGAAGUUGUGUACUUCUUGGUAAAAUCCAAGAUCAUCAAGCGAUCGGUAUUAGCAAUGAAUUAUUUUUUGCCAAUGUAACAGAAAAUCAAUGCGCUUGUCAGCUAAUGCAAUCAAAGGGAUACAUUUCCGGUUUUAACUACUAUUUAACUAAUCAAACUUGUGAAGUUUUCUUUUCAAAUCAAAGUUCACUAUUCAUUGAAUCAAAUGUGAAUGCGAACUUCAUCUUUAUCAAUCGAUCGACAAUAUCGAUAAUCAAGAGUAAUCAAAUCGUAACAUCAACAACAUCCACCUCCUCAUCCUCAUCAACGACAACAUCCUCAUCGUCAUCAUCAACAGCAACUACUGUUGGUCUCAACAAUAACAGUAUGUUUCUGAAUCAAACUAUUUAUUCGAUUGGCACCCAAGCGUAUUCACUGGCAAUAGCUGAUUUCAAUAACGACAAUAAAUCAGAUAUCGUCGUUGCAAGGCUGUCCGCAAAUAAUAUUGGUCUGCUUAUUAACAGUGGUAAUGAUGGUAUAUUUUCGAUUAACUAUUCUUACGCAGUGGGGCUUUCGCCUUGUUAUGUUAUUGCGGCAGAUGUUAAUAAUGAUAAUAAAAUAGACAUUAUUGUUACGAAUCACGAUUCCAACAGUGUUAGCAUUCUAUUGAAUAGAGGUAAUGCAACUUUUGCUAGUCAGAUCACCAUGCCAGUGGGUGUCCAGCCAUGGACAGUAACAGCAGCAGAUUUGAAUGGUGACGGAUAUGUCGAUUUGAUCGCUACAAACAGUGCUUCAAAAAACAUUAGUGUUCUUUUUAAUUUACGUAAUGGUACCUUUCAAAAUCAAAUCACUUAUACAGUAGGAAGUGCUCCUCGUUCUGUUAUCGCGGCAGACAUAAACGGUGAUAAUCUAGCUGAUGUUAUAGUUGGAAAUGAGGGUGCAGGUACUUUGAGUGUUCUAAUGAAUACCGGUAAUGGAUCUUUCAGCGCUCAAAUCGCCUACGCGGUUGGUAGUCAACCCAAUUCCAUUUCAGCGACUGAUGUUAACAAUGAUAAUUCACUUGAUCUUAUCGUUGCAAAUCAGGGAUCAACUUUUGUCAGCGUACUUCUUAACAGAGGCAACGGCGAUUUCCGCAGUCAAGUGGCGUAUACAAUUGAUAUAGGAUCCCGUUGUAUUGUAGUUACAGAUUUGAAUUAUGACAAUAAGCCGGACAUUGUCGUCGCCACGCAAAACACAAACUCUAUUAAUAUUCUUCUUAAUACAAAUAAUGGAACGUUUGGAUAUCGAACUGUCUACGCAGUUGGUGAUGGGCCGCGUUCAGUCUCAGUAGCAGAUCUCAACAAUGACAACAAGCCUGACAUGGCUGUUGCAAAUAGCAAUACGACUAGUAUUAGUAUUCUCUUACAUAUAUGA